CACACUACUGAAAAAUGAUCACCUCUUGUUAUGCUGCUGCUGUUGCUUGUGUAUCCCCUCUCAUUCCAACUCCAAGUAAACAUUCCCGUCUUCACUGUUCAACAGCGUCACCUCCUUCACAGACGCAAAACGUCGAACACCUUUAUGCAUUGCUCCAACACUCACCACCAACCUCAGCUCACUAUGCCUCUGCUCUCCAAUCCUGCAACUGCCUCCAUCUUGGCAGGCAAAUCCAUGCACAUGCCCUCAAGCAUGACUUCUCCAAUCACCAUGAGUUCCUCGGCACCAAGUUGGUGCUCAUGUAUGGCAAGUGUGGUGGUUUUGAUGAUGCCUGUCUACUGUUUGAUAGAAUGCCUCUGAGAAAUGUUUAUACUUGGACAGCGAUUCUCAGUGUCUGUGUUGAGCGUGGGGUUUUAAAGAAGGCUCUUCUGCUGUUUAUAGAACUGUUGAUGAAUUGUGUUGGUUUGGAGUUCUUUGUGUUUCCUGUCGUUUUGAAGGCUUGUGCAGGCCUUCGUGUGUUAGGAUUGGGGAGAGAAUUACAUGGUUUUGUUGCAAAAUGCGGGUUUUUAUCGAAUGUGUAUGUGGGCAAUGCGUUGAUUGACAUGUAUGGAAAGUGUGGAGUUCAGGGUGAUGCUAUGAAGGUUUUUGAUGGGAUGUCUGAAAGGGACUGUGUUUCGUGGAAUUCAGUUAUCAGUGGUUGUGCGGCAAAUGGGAUGGUUUUUGACGCAUUGGAGUAUUUGAUUAGUAUGGAGUUGGUGGAUAAACUGAAGCCCAAUCUUGUUUCUUGGAGUGCAGCUAUCGGAGGAUUUGCUCAGAGUGGUUAUGAUGAAGAGGCACUUGAGCUGUUAUAUCGAAUGGUGGAGUCUGAUGUGAAGCCGAACGCUCAGACUUUGGCCAGCAUUCUGCCAGUUUGUGCGAGAUUGGAAGCACUUGAACUGGGGAAGGAGAUUCAUGUUUAUGUAAUGAGGCAUGGAAUGAUUUCCAAUCCUUUUGCUGUCAAUGGGUUGAUUGAUGUUUACCGUCGCUGCAAUGAUAUGAGAAGUGCUCGAGAGAUCUUCUUAAGAUUCUCAGCAAGAAAUCUAGUUUCCUACAAUACGAUGAUUGUUGGUUAUUGUGAGAACAAUGAAUUGGGCAGGGCCAAGGAGCUCUUUGAAUGUAUGGAGCUUGACGGAGUAAAAAGGGACACGAUUUCAUGGAGCUCAUUGAUUUCAGGAUAUUGUGAUAAUGAAAAAUUCAGCGAAGCACUUGAGAUGUUUAGAGUCAUGCAAUUUGAUGACGGUAUUGAAGCUGAUUCCUUCACCUUAGGAAGCACUGCAAGUGCUUGUGCAGCCUUGACUGCGCUAAGGCCGGGUAAGGAGAUCCAUGGGCAUGCGAUUCGAAGGGGUUUAUAUUCAAAUAACUUCAUAAGCUGUGCACUAAUGGAGAUGUACUUUAGAUGCCAUGAAUUGGAGGCAGCAGAGGUGGUUUUCUACGACACAGCUGACACAAAUACUGUGACAUGGAACAUAUUGAUUUCUGGUUAUGCCCAUGCAAAUCAAGUGAACAGAAUACAAGAAUCGCUUUCUCUAAUGCGUAAAGAGGGGUUUGAGCCUAAUAUCUACACUUGGAAUGGGAUUGUAGCAGGAUUGAUGGAUAAUGGUGAAAAUGAAUUUGCAUUGAAGAUGUUUUCUGAAAUGCAAACUUCAGAAACAAAGCCUGAUGUAUUUACUGUCGGAAUGAUAUUAACCAUUUGCUCAAGGUUGAUUUCCAUUGAAAGAGGGAAACAAAGUCAUGCAUACUCAAUCAGAUUUGGUUAUGACAGCCAUGUGCAUGUUGGUGCAGCUCUUGUGGACAUGUAUGCCAAAUGCGGGAAUAUUAGACUAGCGAAGUAUGCCUUCGAUAGGAUAUCACAUCACAAUUUGGUCUCUUUCAAUACCAUGCUUUCAGGAUAUGCAAUGCAUGGUCUUGGGCACAAUGGUCUUGCUCUCUUCCAUCAAAUGCUUGCAGAUGGUUCCACACCGGAUGCAAUCACGUUCAUUUCUGUAUUAUCAUCCUGCGUUCACAAUGGUUCGAUUGAAGAUGGCCAUCGAUACUUUAACAUGAUGACAGGAUAUGGUAUAGAACCAGAAUUACAGCAUUAUACUUGCAUGAUCGAUCUCCUGAGCCGAUCUGGUCAGCUUAGUGAAGCAUAUGAUCUAAUUUGUAAAAUGCCAAUGCAGCCUGAUGUUGUUGCUUGGAGUGCAUUGCUAGGUGGAUGUGUGAUUCAUCGCAAUGUCAGGUUAGGAGAGAUUGCAGCAAAAAGGUUGAUCAAGUUGGAUGAAAACAAUAUUUCCAAUUAUGUUUUGUUAUCAAAUUUGUAUGGCAUUGUUCGGAGACGGGAUGAUUUAGCUAAAACAAGACAGAUUGUCAAAGAAAAGGCAAUGAACAAGAGCCCGGGUUGUAGUUGGAUAGAGAACAAGGGACAAGUUCAUGUAUUUCUUGCAGGUGAUGCAUGUCACAAACAAGCAGAUGAAAUAUAUGCCACAGUGAAGAGAUUGAAUUCACAUAUGAGAAUGCAAGAUGAUGUGCUUGUAAUGUAGUUCUUUGAUUAAUUAUCAACUGUACAGAAGAGUGUUCACUAGUGAUAAUCCGGUU